UUUGACAAUACCAAAGAACAUAGACAAGCUCCUAGUCCACCAUCUGGAUAUGAUGUGCUAGAACAAUUAAAGAAUGUUUCUUUUACCCUUGGAAAAACUCAUGCAGGCCAAAUUGAUGGCGUGAAAGAAAAAACAUGGAAAAAAUUAAGCAUUUUCUUUGAACUUCCUUAUUGGAAGGAUGUCCAAUUGCGUCAUAAUCUUGAUGUGAUGCACAUAGAGAAAAAUGUGUGUGACAAUAUAAUUAAUACUCUUUUGAAUGUUCCAAAAAAAAUUAAAGGACAACUUGAAAGCUCGUCGUACUUUAAAAGAGAUUGGAGUAAGAAAACAUUUGUGGCCUGUUGAACGUAGUAAGGGAAAAUAUUAUUUGCCUCCUGCUCCUUAUAACUUAAGUAAUUCGGCAAAAGAUCGUUUCUGUGAGGUUUUGGAGAAUGUUAAAUUUCCAGAUGGUUAUGCAUCAAACAUUUCCCGAUGUGUAAUGAAGCGAAAGUUAAGUGGCCUUAAAAGCCAUGAUUGCCAUGUGUUGAUGCAAUUAUUUCUUCCUAUUGCUAUGCGAGAAAGUGUAACUGAAAAAGUGGCCUCGGUGUUGAUUGAGCUGUGUGACUUUUUCCGAGCAUUAUGCUCAAAAACACUCAUUGUGCAAGAAUUAACCGAUCUUAAGUCAAAGGUCGUUAUAACACUUUGUAAUAUGGAGAAAAUAUUUCCCCCAACAUUCUUUACAAUAAUGGUGCAUUUGGUGGUGCAUUUAGCUGAUGAGGCUAUAAUUGCCGGUCCAGUCCAUUAUCGUUGGAUGUAUCCUAUUGAGAGAUAUUUAUCAACACUUAGUUCAUAUGUGAGAAAUAAAGCAUGUCCUGAAGGUUCAAUUGCAAGUGGGUAUCUUCUACAAGAAUGCUUAACAUACUGCUCAAGAUACAUGGCUGAUGUUGAUGGAAGAGUAAACCGUUCAACUAGAUCUAAUGCUUUAGCUAGUGAUGAACCUACUGAAGUUUCUGAUCUUUUUGCUUCAACUGGGCAACCUUAUGGAAAAAUUGAAGGAUUUAUGAUGGAUGAAAGACAAGAGGUUCAGGCACAUAGAUAUGUGCUUUUUAAUUCUGAUUGCAAGGAAAUUGAAGCUUUAAGAGAUGAGCACAUAGCCUUUUUGAAGAGAAUUCAUCGACGAAGUCGCCCAACACAACUUCAGUUAGAUCGUAUGCAUAAUGAACAAUUUAGUGACUGGUUGAAAAAUUUUGUGAAUGAUCCUUGCAAUAAAAGUUAUGAUAGAAUCUCAGAUGAUGUUAAAGCACUUGCAACUGGUCCAAUGCAUGUUGCCAAAAGAUUCCAUGCCUUUGAUACAAAUAAUUGUUACAGAUUUUGUACUGAGGAUUAUGAAAGGAAUAAGAAGACACAAAAUAGCGGUGUCAUGGUCGUAGCAAAAACACAAAGUUAUGCUAGCACUAGAGACACACGUCCUACUGUGGGAGAAGUGACAUACUAUGGGGUUCUUGAUGAUAUAAUCGAGCUAAAUUAUUAUAAUAAGUUUAAGAUUGUAUUAUUUAAGUGUGAUUGGGCGGAUAUAAAUCAUGCAAGUGGGAUAAAGAUAGACAAGUUAAAAUUUACUUUAGUUAAUUUGAGUCGCUCGAUGUAUUCUGGAAAUCGUUUGACUGAUGAGCCUUUUGUGUUUUCUUCUCAAGUGCAUCAAGUUAUAUAUGUUCAAGAUAGAACUGCACGGGAUUGGUAUAUUCCUAUACCAAUAAAGCCAAGAGAUACUUUUGAUAUGGGUGAUGAAGACUCUGAGCCAAAUCACUUAAUGGAGUUUAAUGAAACUCAAACAUCAAGUUGUGUGCAUGAUCAGCAAAAUGUUGAGAUUGAUAUUGAUGACUUAACUUGGAUGUCAAGUGAUGUACAAGGCAUGAAUGUUGUCGAGAAACUUAGUACAGUAUAAGUAUGAUUUUUCAAAAAAAUUUACUGGUUUUGUAUACCUGGGAAUUAUAUUCUAGUUAAGUGAUGUUUUUUUUUAAAUAUGUUAUUUAUUUGUUUUAUAGUGUCAUUUUUAUACCUUUUAAGUUUUUAACUCAUAUAAUUACCAUUGAUUUUUACAUAUAUUUUUUAUUUAAUACUUGGGUGUGAUAUCUUUAAUCAAUAUGUUUUUAUCUUAAUAUUUCAAUUGUCUUUAAGAGCAUUUU